AUGCUAGUUUUCACGGCUUGCUGUUUCGAGAUAGGUCCACGAGCCGCUUCCGUAUUAUGGAACUCAAUGGUUAUACCUCUACUUCCACAAACUAUUUACGGCGCCAUCUGGUAUCAAGGCGAAUCUAAUACCCAUAAUUCUGAUCAGUACGCAUGCCUCUUCCCGUCAAUGAUUAAAGAUUGGAGACUGAAAUUUCAUCAGGCGUCCAUGGGUGCAACAAAUCAGAAUUUCCCUUUUGGAUUUGUACAGCUCGCUGGUAACCAAAAUGACUCAAAUAGAAUAGCUGGAUUUCCUGCAAUAAGAUGGUCGCAAACGGCCAAGUAUGGUUACGCCCCAAAUCCUAAGAUGCCGUACACAUUUAUGGCUGUAGCAAUGGAUCUUCCUGAUUUUAAGUCACCCCAUGGAACAGUCCAUCCUCGAUAUAAACAAGAUGUAGCAGAAAGAUUGGGUCUGGCAGGUCUAGCUGUAGCUUAUGGUGAAAAAGGUCUGAGUUAUCAAGGACCAUAUCCUACAUCAUUUAAUACUAAAACUAAAGAUCAACUGGUUAUUGAAUAUAAUCAUGGAAGUUCUGUUUUAGAUGUAAGGUCUAAUAACGGAUUCGAGAAUAAUUAA